AUGAGCAAUGCCCAACGGGAGCCGCUCUGUCUUGUACGCGGAUCGAUAAGUAAGCCACAAGUAAUCUUUCUGGGCUGCUCAGAGUCUCACUGGAUUUCGCAUAGAUAUCGACGAGUUUUUCCAUGGUAUGCCGCAGUGUGGCCUUUUCACGCGGGGCUAACUUGCGUUACUACAGUGCCGACAGUGGUUCGUCCCGGAGAGACACUUUCGUCCACGCACUUUGAGAGGCGUGCGGGCGGGAAAGGUGCAAACCAGGCAUCGGCGGUUGCCAAGGCUGGCGGGCGCGUAAAGCUCAUCGGCGCGGUCGGAGAGGAUGGCGCGCACCUCGUACGAGGGCUCGAAGCUACUGGCGUCGACAUUUCAGACGUCAUAGUAGACAACUCGGAACCAACGGGCCGCGCGAUCAUCCAGCUCACGCCUGAGGGCGAGAACUGCGCCAACUACCUCCUUGCCCCGCCGCUUCUUUCUUCCCCACCUACGUCCGCUGACUCAUCGUAUACGCACCUCCUCCUGCAGAACGAGAUUCCCUGGUCCGCGACGCUCGCAUAUCUCGAGCAUGCUACUAAGAUCAAUGCGACAGCUGUAUGGAACCCGUCGCCCCUUCCGUCUGCAGAACAGCUGCGAGCAAUCCCAUGGGGAAGCUUGAGCUGGCUGAUCGUCAACGAGGGAGAGGUGUGUGGGAUGCUUGACGUCCUUGGGGUAGGCGGCGACGCUCUGCAAGGGUCUGGCCAGAAGACAUCGCAGCAUGCAACGCAGCUCCUCGAGAAGCUGCACGCACACCCCCGCUUCUCACAAUCGGUCAACGUCAUCUGCACACUCGGCGCACAAGGCCUUGUCGCCCUUCUCUCUCCAUCUGGCACCAAAAAAGCGGACUCUGAUGUCCUGCACGUCCCUGCGGCUAAGCUUUCCGGCCCUGUGAAGGAUACGACAGGCGCGGGAGACUGUUUUGCGGGGUACUUUGUUGCGGGCCUGAUGGAAGAGUCAGCUGGAUCUGGUCCCAGCGGAGUGGUAGGCGUGCUCAGAGCGCUGCGGCUUGCGGUUAAGGCGGCGGGGUUAUGCGUCCAACGUCCUGGAGCAGUUGAGAGUACACCGGUCAGGAGCGAAGUGGAGAGGUCCUUGGGUUUACAAUGA